GCUGCUGAAGAAGAAGGCGAUUAAGAUGGCGGCCGGUGCCGCUCAGGGAGCCCAGUGAGGGAGAGCACCGCGACCCGCAGCCAUGGGCGUGCAGGGCUUUCAGGAGUUCUUAGAGAAGCGAUGUCCCGGGGCCGUAGUGCCCGUCGACCUGUUAAAGUUAGCCCGGACCGUUGCCCGGCAGCAGCACCGCGCCGGCCUGUCCCCUGGGGGUUACCCCGCAGCCCCUCCGCCGCCUGGCCCACCACCGCCUUCCCCGGUUGCUCCCCCACCCUGUAGGGUCUUAGUGGACGCUGACUCUGCCCUGCAGCGGCUGUACGGGGGCUACCAGACAGACUGGGUAUGCGGGGGCCAGUGGAAUGCAAUGCUGGGUUACCUGGCGGCUCUGUCACAAGCCUGCCUGUACCAGGGUGGCCUGGAACUAGUGGCCAUGUUCAACGGCACACUUGCCAAGGAGAGACUGCCCGAAUGGGCCCGGCGGGCGCAGGGCGAGAAGCAGACGGCCCAGCUUAUAGUCAGCCACGUCGGAAACAAGGGCACCCCGCCCCCCCGGGCCUGGUUCUUGCCGCCUGCCUGCCUGGCACACUGCAUCCGCCUGGCAAUGAUCCGCUUCCGUGUCAAGGUGUUUCAGAGCUUGGAAGAUCAUCAUUUGGAAGUGGUGUCCUUCUUCCGUGAGAAUGGCUUCCAUGGUCUCAUAGCUCAUGACUCAGAGUAUGCACUUUGCAACAUCCCAUCGUACUACAGCUCCCAUGCACUCAAACUCAGUUGGAAUGGGAAGAACCUCACGACCAACCAGUUUCUGAUGCAGGAAGUAGCCAAGCAGCUGGGUCUCAAGAUGAGCAACUUUCCCAUCUUUGCUGCCCUGCUUGGUAACCACAUUCUUCCUGAUGAGGAUCUGGCUGCGUUUCACUGGAGCUUGCUAGGACCAGACCAUCCCCUGGCGUCACUGAAGGUGCGUGCUCACCAGUUGGUUUUACCCCCAUGUGACGUGGUAAUAAAAGCAGUCUCAGAAUACGUGGGGUCUAUUAAGGAUUCCUCCAACCUGGAUGUAGUGGGCAAGGAGAUCUUCAGACACUCUCAGUCCAGGACAGAAGAUAAGAUAGAGCGUUUCAAGAAAGCUGUGGAAUAUUACUCAGCAGCAACCAAGCAUCGCCCACCUCCUAUGAACCAAUCUCCUUUUGUAGUCACAGGGUAUGGGCCCAGUCAGUACGGAGUGGGUCCUCUUCCUCACAACCAGAUGGGGGGCAUACAUGUUGGAAAGCCCAUGUUUGGACACCAGAUGCCACCAAAAAUGCAGUACCAGCACCAUUUCCCUCCAGGACCUAACUCUGGCUUUUUGUUUACUCCCCACCACCUGGGUGACCUGCCCCAUUUUCAUGAUGAGAAUUUGCUAAAGGGGGGAGGAGGAUUAUCUGGCUGGUCUCUGCCUUUUGAUAACUCUGCUGCAAAGUUUCCUAAUCAUCUGACAUUAAAGCCUUCCCCUUCGUCUGGCCAAGAGUCUUCUCCAUCCUCUUCAUCUGAUGAAGAUCAGAAUGGCUCCACAUCCAAUCAUGUGACGGACUCUCGUCAGCAUAAGUCUGGCUGGGAAGAACACUCAGGUGAGAAGAUGUCUCAGGGGUGGGGUCAACAAGGGGGAAGUGGUGACGCUGCCCACAACAUGGGACAUACAGAAACACAGAUCCCUUCUCUGUUGUCCAUGGCAACUCGCAAUCACAUGGAUAUAACUACGCCGCCUCUGCCUCCUGUGGCCCCUGAGGUGCUCAGAGUAGCAGAGCACAGACAUCGCCGCGGUCUCAUGUAUCCGUACAUCUACCAUGUUCUCACUAAGGGUGAGAUCAAACUGCCCGUUUGCAUUGAGGAUGAAUGCAACACAGACCUUCCCCCUGCUGCUAUCCUGUUUCGACCAGCUCGCCAGUACGUGUAUGGGGUCCUCUUCAGCCUGGCAGAGACUCAGAGGAGGCUAGAGAGACUAGCCAUGCGCAGACGCCUUCCUGUGGAUGUCCCACCAGUGAUCGUCAAGGAGUGGUCGGCUUAUAAAGGGAAGUCGCCGCAGACUCCUGAGCUGGUGUCUGCCUUGACCUUUCGAGAGUGGACUUGUCCUAACCUCAAGAAGCUAUGGUUGGGUAAAGCUGUAGAGGACAAGAACCGCAGGAUGAGAGCCUUCCUAGCUUGUAUGAAAUCAGAUACACCCAGCAUGCUAAACCCAGCCAACGUACCCACACACCUCUUGUUAAUGUGCUGCGUGUUGAGGUACAUGAUGCAGUGGCCAGGGGGCAGGAUACUGCUCAGGCACGAGCUUGAUGCAUUCCUGGCACAAGCUGUAUCCGCUCAGCUGUAUGAACCCGACCAGCUGCAGGAACUCAAGAUUGAGAAGUUGGAUUCCAGAGGGGUCCAGCUUGCUGCACUUUUCAUGAGUGGAGUGGACACCGCUCUGUUUGCCAAUGACGCAUGUGGGCAGCCAGUCCCGUGGGAGCACUGUUGCCCCUGGAUUUAUUUUGAUGGCAAACUGUUCCAGAGCAAGCUAAUCCGCGCAGGCCGAGAAAAAGCACCACUAAUUGACCUCUGUGACGGCCAGGCAGAGCAAGCAGCCAAAGUGGAGAAGAUGAGGCAAAGCAUCAUAGAGGGGAUAAAUCUAAACCGUCAGCUGCCUCCUCCCCUUCUGCCGCCUCCACCUUUUAUGCCCCCCAUGAUGUCACCAUUUUACCCAGUCCCGCUGUACCCCCGUGCAAUGGGCUCAAUGCCACCUCCACCAGGAAGGAACCGGGGAUUCUCAGGGGUCCAUCCCAUCCCUCCACAAGGGGGAAAGCUGGAAAUUGCCGGCAUGGUUGUGGGCCAGUGGGCAGGCAGUAAACCUUCUCGUGGUCGGGGAGCCUUUGGUAUGCAAGUGGUGUCUGUGGGUGGCCCAGGGAAAGGACGUGGAAGAGAUACAUCAAACAAACUGACAAAGCCCACUAAAAAGGGAUCGACUGAUGGUGCUUCUGGUAAUGGACGCAGUCCUUCUCAGGUGAACGGGACCAGUGGAAGCACUGCCACAGAAGAGGAAUCAGCUCCUCAAACUUUAGCUUGUGCCUUAUCCAGAGAUUGCAUUGACCCCUGUAGCAAUGGCAAUUCCUCACACUUCACAGGGUUGGCGGGAGAUGGCAACAACACUUGCCGAGAUGACAAGCUAGGUCCAACAGCCCUCCAGAAGGAGGAGUAAGCAGCCCAGGGACACAAUGGGCAAACAUUCAGGCAGGAGGAGGGGAGUGGUGGAGAGAGGUACAGCAAACAAUAUAUUGAACCAUAGAGCAUGGGAUUUCUUUACAACAGGAUUUGCGUAACAUAAUUUUCAGAAUUUGUUUUGAAAUUUGCCAUGACUUGCACAGUUCUGCUCUCAGCAUUGUUCCUCUCUCUGGUGCCACAGAGACCUGGUGGUCUGAUAUUCAGAUCCUUGCCAGAUAUAUUUGGUACUGAAGAGAGGAACUGAAAAUUCUUAGCAGCCAGUAAAUGAGUAUAUAUCUGAUGCCAGCUGCUGGUUAUUAUUUCAAACCUCUAGUGAUGUCCUUCCUUUCUCAGUAAAGAAGUCCAACAUGUCUUGGUCAUAUCAUAAGGCACUGAUUUCCCAGACACGGGGAAGAGAGAGAUGCAAUGUACAACUUUCUAUAAAGACUUGAUCCAAUCUGGAUGUUCACCUUGGCCUGCAGAUACCUGGUGUCUCUUUCACUAACAGGAGUGAAGAAAGCAGAGUUCACCUCCAUCACAUAACAAUAAGGACACAUUUGCCUUGAGUGCAGUCAACUCAGUAUUAACCAACCAGCUGUUUGUUAACCACAUUUUAUGUUGAUGUUAACCACUGGUUGUUACUGGACACUGUCCCUACCUUAAUCUCCACCCUCUCCUACCUCCAAUGAGAAACGCCACUGCCCGACCACCAGAUCCUGUAGAUAAUGUGGAACUUUUUUUCUGAAUUUUAAUAACAUUAUUUUUUAUAUGUACAUAUAUAAAUAUAUAUAUAUAAAUACGGCCUUUGUACAAAGAAGAAUUUGAGGAAGGAGGCUGACGCUGGCAGAUUUUUCCUGCCAUCUGGUUGGGGUGAAGCCUGUGUUAACCUGGCUCUCGCUGGACCAUUUUGUUAAAGAUACAGAUUUUAUGGUUUGGGAUUUGGGAGCUCGUCUCGAUCUUUUGAAAGCAAACAAGCUCCGUUCUAUAAUGCUAUUGAGUAUUGAAUGACACUUUACCUCUUAAAAUGGCUUCACCUGAGGAAGGCACCACACGUAGCAUCAUCUAAAAUGUUGGUUUUAUUUCCUCGUUAUUUGUCCUGUAAACCCACUGCAAAGACCAGUAGUUUUUUUGUUUUUUUUUUAAAGUUUUUUCUUUUUUUACUGCAGUCUGCUGGCAAAACAGGGCGAUCAAUUAACAGUCUAGCUCUAAGCUUAUGAUUUAGCCUAAUUUAGUUUUCUAAUGAUGCAUCAAUCGUUUGGCAAAGUGUUUUUGUACUCUGUAACAUUGUAUGAGCGUUUAUCUAGAGCACCUUUAAUAUUUAGUUUGACAUAGGGUCCAGAAAUGCAGUGCUUUAGCAGCACAGGAUAAAUCCCCAGUUUUAAUUAGGGUGGAAUGUGAAUGAAUGUAUGUAUGUAUGCAUAACGUAUCCUCUACUGGCAUAUGCCAUAGAUCUGUACAUGCUGAUGACGUGUCCAGAGCUCGUCUGACUAGACUGGCAAUGUAUAUUGUGAAUAUGCAUACAUUUGUGCACAGGCUUUAUGUACAGAGAGGGGCAGAGAGAGAUCUAUUUAUGUAACCUAUAAAUAUAUAUUUAGGUAAGGCCACAUUUGCAUCCUGGGCAGAACCAGUAUUCCUCUGGAACGCUGCUGGGGAGAGGAUUGUGGUGAUUCUGAAACGUUUUAUUAUGGACUUGUAUAUGCAGAGUACACUUAGCUCUCACAUCCAGCAAUCUGCUUGGAAACCAUUCUCAAAGCUCAGCUCUCCAAAUGAAAAAGAAAAAAAAAAAAAUGGUUUCUUUGUCAUUUGGCUUAAGUAAAAAAAAACAAAAAAAAACUACUCUUCUACUUCUUCUCUGCUUGAAAGGCUUCAAAGUGCUGCUCCAGAUCUGUCCCUGUAACUACCGAAGCUACCCUGUGGUCAUGUGCUUCUGUUCUGGCAACCUGGGGAAUAAAAUAAAGCGAACUUUAUGCCAAUAAAUUGAAAUUCUGAAAAUAAUUAGCAUAAUGUAAUGGAAUAUAAGGGACCAGGUAUUUUAAUCUGACAACAAACUGAUAUUUAUUAGUUCCCCCCCCAAUAAAAAAAUCACAAAUAAUAAUAAUAAAAAAAAUGAUAAAGUAACUGAUAUAGUAGAUUUCUGUCUGGCAUAUUCCAGUAAAUUGAGUAUCUCAGGUGGUAAUAUCCUUGUUAAUAGGCAUGUGCAUUCAGCAUUUGUUCAUAUAAAGAAUGCUGACUAUGACCAUGGGUAGUGGCAUUUAGCUCUGUUCAGAGCCGGAUUUAUUUAUGGUGAAAAUACAACGGUCUUGAUUUGCAACGGUUUUGUGUGUUGUACUUUCACACUAAUAAAUUAGGCUCUGAAAAGAGCUGAAUUCCGCUGCCCGCAGCCUUAACUAUAACUAUUUGUUUAUGUAAACGAAUGCACAUGACCGCUUGUGAAUAACACUGUAUACGCAGCUCCUCUGUGAGUUUUCUGUUUUGUCACUUGUAAGUUUCUGGAGCACAGCCAUAUCCUUAAAUUUCAGGCCUUAAAGAUAGUUAGCGUUAAAGCUGCAUUAACUAAUUAGGUUUUCAUGCUUUUUAAAAAAAAGAAAAGAGCUAAUAAAAUAACAGGUCUAUAGAUAUCAGCAGUGUGUGUUCAUUGCUAAGUUAAAAUCUGAUUAGUUAAAGGUGGUAUUUACAUACCUUAAUGCAGUGCUCGACAAAUCUGUUUACAAAUUAGGAGCCAGUAAGAAUUUUUAGGAGCCAGACAGUGGGAUUUGUAAAUAGAUAUAUGGAGAAUAACCCAAAAAGUUAUGAGCCAGUUUUAAAAUACUUGGAGCCAGUGGCUCCCAGGAUCCUGGGUUGGUUGUAAAAUGUAUCAUAAUAAUAUAAGUUCAAAUAGUCCCAUACUGUUAGCACAUGAGAGUGAGUAGAAUUUUCCCUUAGCUCAAGACAUUCUCUGCAACACUUUGCAAAGCCUUCCAAUGACGCAGAGACGCAAGUAAGUGUUCCGACCACUGUUUUAGCUUUAAGUCUUGUCUGAAGUGUGUGGAGAUUUCCGAGACCUGUAAACCCAUUGUUUGUCUAAAGGAGACUUGCAACAUGUGUUUGGCUCAGGGUCAGCAACACACCUAACCUUCCCUCAAUGUUGGUAUUCAUCUAUACUUAUGCUUCUCCUGAGUUUUCUUUUCUUCAGAAGAUCAUUAGUCCACAACAUUUUGUAACUUUAAAAUUAAUUGUUAUGUCACUGUGUACUCCUUUUUUUUUUUUUUUUUUUUUUUAUUGGUCUGGAGACAGAAACUUCUGAUAGUGACAAAAAAACAGUCCUAACCGCCAACAUUACAUAAAUCAAAUAAGAUUUAGACAAAACUGAUAUAAAUGCAUGAAACAGUUUCUCUAUACACAUGCAAUGAAUUUAUAGAUGCCCCCAUGUUUCUUGUCUACUUUGAUAAAGUAGAUCUAUCUAUAAUUGUUUAUUAUUAUUUAGAUGUCCUUGUCUAAAAAUAUAUCCUUGUUGUUAAUACAUGAGUAUGGGUAUAACACAAGAAGGGGUUAUGUUGUUUUGGAGUUUUUUCCUGGUUAGAAAUUCAGUGACCUUAUAAGACUACUGAAGCCUCAAAGUGAUUUUAAAUCCUAGUGUUUCAAAAAAAUUCUAGGAUUUAGCAGCGCUAAAAAAAUAAAGGCAAUCAUGAGUUUUAAAAAAAGUGUAAAAGGUACCUUUAGUUCUUCACUGCUAAACAGCUCCAUUCGCUGCAUAUGGCUAGCACGGCUAUCAAGUAAGAGAUGGAAAAGUCACCUCAAUUAAAAAAAAUGAGUUGUGCUGCGGCUGGCGGAGGUGCACAAGUUUAGCAGUGAAGCUGCCACAAAAUAAAGGUACCUUUUGCACAGUUAUUUAAAACUCAUGAAUGAAGAUUGCCUUCGUUUUUAGGACUGUAUAGGAUUUUACCAUCACUUUAAGGGUCGCAUAUAAAUGUACGACUAUGAAAAACAUAAAUAACAUAUAUCUUUCCUAACCAUGUCCACGUUUUUAUCUUAGCUUCCUGGGACUACAAAAACUAGAGCAGAGGGCAGCCAUGUCUGUUCUAGACAAAAUCACUGGUGACCAGUACUAUUACGCCGAGAUCUUUCUGUCUCCUGAUUAUAAAUCUAAAAAAGGGGUUUUGAGACAAUCCUUUUAGGGGUCUUUUUUGAUACACAGGUGGUUGUCCUGUGUUUUAGGUGCUCAGGCUUUUUUGUGCCUCUAUAUCUCUGGCCCAUAUGCGACCUGUGAUUAAGUGUGCUAGGUUGGCACAAGAUAAAAUGCUUACAGAAUAUCACCAGUAGCUCAGGUUGAGCUGUUUCCCAUUGCAAUGGUGCUUCUGAUGCAGUCUCUUUGUCAGUAACUGGGAGAGCCAUCUGUCCAUUAGAUAUCCUAUAUGCUAACUUGUGUAUUUUCCUUUUACAUUUUGCAAGAAUCACAGUGCCCAUCUCAAGCCAGUUGGCACUGCUUCCUUCUGUACUCACACUUAAGACCGACCUGCUGCUCUUGCAGAUGGAAAGGAUGCUGGGAGUACCCACGUGGAAUGCAAUUUGAUGUUCUUUGUCUAGAAAUGUAGCAUUUGCUGCAAAUGCUUUGGCACAUUACAGUUUUUAAAAACAGAUUAAUUAUUUUCCAAAAUUCCAGUAGGAUAAUAUACCAAGUGAGCCAACAGGAUUAAUUGUAUAUCCAAAUAUUAGGGUACACAUGUUGUCACUUUUAUCCUACAAGCUGUAGUUUUGGCAAAUAAAUUUGUCCUUUUCCUCAGUUGACUUCUAGACAUAAUGUUGACAUUACAGAGCUCUGAAUAUUUCUCCAGCAUCACACAGGAUUAACCCCUUGACUGCCAAGCCACACAAUGGUACGCACUGCACCUCAGCACUCUUUGGCAGCCAGGCUGGUAAUAAAUUAUCUUUGUGUUGUGGCUUAAAAGAUAGCCCUUCAUUCUAAUUUUUUUUGCCUUGUUUUCCAAUGAUAUUAGAAUAAUGUGAGGUCUCAAACAUUGGAAACUUGUUUCAAGAUAUACUACCAUAAAUGUAAUCUGCUUGGACAUUGCACUGCUCCUAGCUUGAGAUGCACAGACAGAUUUGGAAGCAAUCUAUUCUUCUCAUCUGAUGUUGGCAUGAAAUGGUGCCCAGCUUUCGGGACCUUUUCUUUUACGCAUCGUGAUCAGACACAUCCUGGGUGUAAAGUGACCCAGAAAUUGAUGAAUUUCCCUUUACUUACUCCGUAAAUCACCUUUGCCACGGAAUGGACUUGAGUUCGACCGUCUUGGAGAAUUCCUUAUUGCCGUGGAUAGUGACACUGUGCCCCAUGUUCAACACCAGCUCAUCUGGUGAGGGCACUAAUAUUUAAUAAGGGUGGGAAUCUGUCCUACUAUUUCAUUGGGGGGAAACUACCGUCCCACCCCCUUACAAGGUAUCAACUUUUUUUUUUUUUUUUUAAUGCUGUUACUUAAUACUUUUGUUUGGUUAUUUUUAAAUACUGCAUUUCACAAUUAAGACUAAUUUUAAUCAAGUAGAUUAUUCGUAAAUAUUCGCCAUUAAUUAAUGACAUGAUUUUCUGAUGUAUAAAAUACACCUUAUUUGUAAGGCUGUCUACAUUUUAAUUUUAUUUUGUGGUUUGUACACAUUAUGUACCUGGUGAGAAACGAAAUGUCAGGCUUUCUCACCGUAGCAUGUUAUAAUGUUCUCACUAACCAUACUAUGAAUUUGAAUCAAGUUAAUGACUUAUCUUCUUUGUACCACAUUAUUGCUUAAAGCUACACACGUUUAAAAGUAUUUUAUUUUCUCUUUGUUUCUGAAAGUAAACAUGUUGGCUUUUAAAAUGUUAGAAACCAAAAACUCAAUAUCUAUUGAAAAUUUUAAAAAGCCUCCCCCUGAGGUAUAUUUUUGUUAUUUGGGUUAAAGAAAAAAACAGUUCUAAUCUUUGUUUGCCAUGUUUAAAACAUUACACAUGACAUCUAUGCUAUAACAUGUUUAUUUUUUGAUAAAUCCAUGAACAUGAACUGCUAGCUUAAACCUAUAAAGCACAUGUUACUUAGAAAGUUGUAUUUCUUGCUAUCAAUGUUAAACUUACCACAAUAGAUUUUACUUUAGGGCUAUUGGGGGGGUUGUUCUUUAUUAUAAACAUUAUUAAAGUUG